AUGUUCCCAGAUAUUUUGUGCGUGAUAUUAUUCAGCACUAUGCACAUCGCAUCAUCGUUGGAGCUGCAACCUGGCAUGCCAAAUGUUUGUACCGACCAGGAGAUGUCCAUGUUGGGGGCCCGUCAGCCUUGUGUCCAGGCUUUUACCCGCAUGGUUAAGGUGUGGAAGCAGGGCUGCCCCAGCCACAGAUGGUGUAUGGGCUACGAGAGGAGGACAACGUAUUACACAGUGUACAGGCAGGUGUACAAUAUGGAUAUGCACACAUUCUAUAAGUGCUGCCCUGGAUGGACUCGGGAGGGUGAAGAGAUGGGCUGUCUGCAUAGGGUGUGUGGUGCCAAAACAUGUUUCAAUGGAGGCCAGUGUGCAGAGAGCGGAGACCAGAUAUGUCACUGUCCACUGGGCUUCAAAGGGACACGAUGCCAACAUGAUGUUAACGAAUGUGAAGGGGAUGAAGGCGGCUGUGAGGGGCACUGCUGCAACACCAUCGGCAGCUACUACUGCAAGUGUCCUGAAGGCAGUAGACUGGGGCCAGAUGGCAAAGCAUGUCACGAUGCCAACGAGUGCGAGGAGCUCAAUGGAGGAUGCCAGCAAACGUGUGUCGACACACCGGGCUCUUAUCACUGCGAGUGCAGCGAAGGCUUCCGCAUGCACGCUGACGCUCGGACCUGCAUUGCCGUGAACUCUUGCUCCGUGUUGAAUGGUGGAUGUGAGCACAAGUGUGUGGACAUGGGGAACAAUCACUACAAAUGUGACUGUCGCAAGAACUACCAGCUGAAGCGCGACGGGAGACACUGUGAAUUGAGGGACCCCUGUGCGGACAGGAAUGGAGGCUGCGCCCAGCUGUGUCUUUCAGAAGACGCCCGGGUUCACUGCAGCUGCCGACCUGGUUUUACACUGACUGGAGAUGGCAAGAACUGCAGAGACAUGGACGAGUGCAGUUCAGGCCAUGCCAAGUGCUCCCACAGAUGUGUCAACAUGCUGGGCUCCUUCAGCUGUGUGUGUCCUCCGGGAUUUGAACUUGGUGCAGAUGGCAAACAGUGCUACCGCAUUGAGAUGGAGAUCGUGAACAGCUGUGAGAAGAACAACGGAGGUUGCUCUCAUCACUGCGAGCACACCACCAACGGCCCGCUGUGCUCCUGCACCCGCGGCUACCAGCUGGACCGGGACAGGAAGACCUGUGUAGAUAGUGAUGAGUGUGUGAGCGGGGAGUCCUGCUGCCGUCACUUCUGUAGAAACUACGCGGGCGGCUACGAGUGCAGCUGCAGAGCUGGCCACAGACUGAAUCCAGACGGCUGUGGCUGCGAUGACAUUGAUGAGUGCCUGGCAGAGACUUCAGGCUGUGAACACCACUGUGUCAACACUCUGGGAACAUACGAGUGUUUCUGUGAGCUGGGCUUCCGCUUGGAUCAGGACCAACACUCCUGCAUCUCUCUGUAUGGAGAUCUGGAAGAAGAAGAAGAAGAAGAAGAAGAGGAUGAUGAUGAGGAAGAAGAGGAUGUGCAGCUGGAGGUCCACAGAUUACCAGACCUGCUGUUCCGCAAGGCUCCUCAGCUCCUGCGGUACACGGCGGCCUUGCACUCCCGUUACGAUAGUGACGACGAUGGCAGUGAUGGUGGCGGCAGUGAAAAAGAAUUUGAGAUCCAGAGGGAGCGUCGAGGAGAGCUUCGACUGGCCAGCAGCGUAGUGUGUCUGGAUGGCUCGUUCGGGGACGACUGCAGUGUGAGCUGUGAAGACUGUGUGAAUGCAGUGUGUAGUGAAAACAGAGAGCGGUGUGAAUGUUCCCCCGGAUGGACCGGGCUCAUCUGCAACAAGACGUGUCCACAGGGGACCUACGGGCAGGCCUGUAACGGUCUGUGCCGUUGUCAGAAUGGCGGCUCGUGUGACCCUGUGACCGGGAAGUGUUUGUGCCCCCCAGGAGUACAGGGUCUGCUCUGCGAGGAUGGUUGUCCAAGGGGAUAUUUCGGAAGUCACUGCAGAAGAAAGUGCAACUGUCCCAACAACGGACAUUGCCAUCGUCUGUACGGGGGCUGCCUGUGCUCUCCGGGACUGUAUGGCCGCUUCUGCCACCUCCCUUGUCCCAGGUGGACGCGCGGUGCAGGCUGUUCCAAGGAAUGUGACUGUGUUCAAGAACAUUCCACCGGCUGUGACCCCCAAACAGGGAGCUGUUUCUGUAAGGCCGCAUACCACGGCCCACAGUGUGAGAAAGAAUGUGAGAUGGGCUCCUUUGGUGCAGGCUGUGAGCAGCCAUGUGACUGUCCAAGCGGAGGGUCAUGUGACCCCAGGACCGGAGAGUGCAGCCAGCGAUGUCCUGCAGGCCUCCAUGGAGACACAUGUCAGCUGGCCUGCAGUACUGAGAGAUAUGGCGAGAGCUGUCGUCUGACCUGCGACUGUGGAGGAGCUCCUUGUGAUCCCGUAACUGGACAGUGCAUCUGUCCUGCUGGGCAGACUGGGGACUCCUGUCACCAAGACUGCCCUGAAGGAUUCUGGGGGUUGAAGUGUCAGUCACCUUGUCCUGACUGUGACAAUAGAGGCUCCUGCAACAAGCAGACUGGUGUGUGUGACUGCAAAGCAGGCUUCACGGGGAACCUCUGCCAACAUGAGUGUCCCCCAGGUCUCCACGGCCCAGGCUGUUUCGAGCACUGUUCGUGCCCCCCUGACGCGACCUGUGACCCUCAGACUGGACGCUGCGUCUGCCCUCCUGGCAGAACAGGCCACGACUGUGCAACAUCGUGUGACUCUGGUUACUGGGGCCAGAGCUGCCUCAGUCAAUGCCGGUGCAAAGAGAUGUCUCUCGGCUGUGACCCCCUCAGCGGCGUGUGUGUGUGUGAGGCCGGCUUCAGAGGAGAACACUGCAGGAAGAAGUGUGUGAACGGCACUUAUGGGCAGGGCUGUGCCCAGCAGUGCCGGUGUCAGAGUGGAGCGCUCUGCGACCACGUGAGCGGAGCCUGCACGUGUUCACCUGGAUAUGCCGGCACUUACUGUGAACAAACGUGCCCGGACGGCUUUUACGGUCUUGACUGUGGCCAGAUGUGCAAGUGCAGGAACGGUGCCCACUGCCACCACAUCACAGGAGCCUGCCUAUGCACCGCCGGCUGGGCAGGACCACACUGCAUUCUGGAAUGCCCAGAGGGUAAUUUUGGGGAGCAGUGCAGUCAGACCUGUGAGUGUCAGAACGGAGCCAGGUGUGACCACGUCACCGGGCGAUGCAGCUGUGCGUCCGGGUGGACUGGAGUCAGCUGCCAACUGCCCUGUCCUCCAGGACAAUAUGGGGAACACUGUUCUGGCCAAUGUCUGUGCAGAAACGGGGGAUCUUGUGACAGCGUGAGGGGCCGGUGCUCCUGCACGCCCGGCUGGACUGGAGCCGCCUGCGAGUUGGAGUGUGAGGAGGGACGCUAUGGAGAGAAGUGCACCCAGGCCUGCAGCUGCUCGAGUGGAGGGACAUGUGACCGAGCGACAGGACGAUGUGUGUGUCUGCCCGGUUGGACAGGAGAGCUCUGUCUGUCGGUGUGUUCUAAGGGAUUCUUUGGAGAGCGCUGUGAGCAGAGGUGCGACUGUGUCCACAGUUCCAGUUGCCACCAUGUGACGGGCCGCUGUGAGUGCGAGCCAGGCUGGAGGGGGGCCAGCUGUGACAAACCCUGCCUUCCGGGCUCCUAUGGUGCUUCCUGUGCCCAACAGUGUCAAUGCCACGCUGGGGUGUCUUGUCACCAUGAGACGGGGAGGUGCGGGUGCCCAGCCGGACUCACGGGGCCUGGAUGCGAGACACCCUGUCCUGCUGGUGUGUUCGGGCAAAACUGCAGCCAGCUGUGCCAAUGUUCAGGAGACCAGGAGCAGUGCCAUCCUGUGACGGGGACGUGUAGCUGCUUACCUGGAUACUACGGGGCACGCUGUGAGCUACGAUGUCGAGCUGGCACUUUUGGGCCAAACUGCAAGUCCAGAUGCAGCUGCGUCAACGGUGGUCGCUGUGACUUCAGGACUGGGACUUGCUACUGCCCUCCUGGCUUCAUUGGAGCUGACUGCAGCUUACGCUGUCCCAGCGGGUACUAUGGGAAGGACUGUGCUAAGCUGUGCUCCUGUGGGGAAGGAGGGAAGUGCCACUCAGCAACUGGGAAGUGCAUCUGUGCCGCUGGGAGGAGGGGACUGUCCUGCCAACAAGCGUGUCCUAGGGGGCGCUACGGCCUGCAGUGCAGAAACGCGUGCAGCUGUCAGAACGGGGGUCUGUGUGAUCCCGUCGACGGGUCUUGCAAGUGUGGACUGGGCUGGACUGGACCCCGCUGUGACACCGCCUGUUCACAGGGAAAAUAUGGGUUUGAUUGUGCACAAGACUGUCCGUGCCUCAACAAUGGGAGCUGCGACCGUUUCACUGGCACCUGCGGUUGUUCUGCUGGAUUCUAUGGCCACUCCUGUCAACACAGAUGCCCAUCUGGGUUCUUUGGAGGGAACUGUGCCCGUACAUGUGACUGUACAGUGGGGCAGACAUGUGACCAUGCGACGGGCCAAUGUGUGUGUCCACCAGGCUGCUACGGCCGACAAUGCGAAAGACGGUGUGAGUCCGGCAGGUUUGGAUUGAGCUGCGGACAGUCAUGUGACUGUGCUGGCGAUGCCCCAUGUGACCCGUCGACCGGGCGGUGCCUCUGUCCCCCAGGAAGGACAGGACAGAGGUGUGAAAGAGACUGCGGUGGAGACAGUUACGGCCCCGACUGCUUCCUGCCGUGUCAGUGUUCCCACAGGGCCCGCUGUGAUGGGCUGAGUGGACGAUGCCUGUGCCCUCUCACCUGGCUGGGCCCCACCUGUAGUGAAGCACCGCUCCACCAAACGCCGGCACCGAUAAACUCUUCUGUGUCCCAAAGAAAGAGAAGAGCGGGCAGCAAAACCACAUAACCCCAAGCAGAGGUGCAAACUCCUGACUGGACGUUUAAACGUGGGGCUUGGCUCUGCGAGGCAUUACUCAGAUCAUCUUGGUAAAGGUGAUGUUAGUAAUAUUAUGUUUUUGUGAAACUGGUACUCAGCUGUCAGAAACUGGCACUCCAUCACUGAGCCCGCAGCUCGAGGUAAUCACCCAGUGGACCGGGCGUGUGAGGGGCCCUCAAAGGACCAUAAACUCUCAAUCUACCGACGACUGUCUGAGAUUUAAAGUUACGUAGACUUUUUUUUAGCAAUACCCACAAAUACCUGCAUCACAUUUGUGUGUAUUGCUGAUGGAAGCGGGUGAUUAGCUUUGCAGUUUUACAUUUAAUCAGCUGUUACGGUUUCUUUCUUACGGUCAUUUUUGACAACACAUGUAACUGAGACUUUCUCGUCACUGGAGAUCCUUUACAACCAAAGUUGACUUUUCUACGUGGCCAUAAGCACAACAGAGUUCCAACCAUAUUUCUGGUGGUUGAAAUGCCUCUGAAUCAGUUUAAGAAAGAUAUGGGUGAGUUAUUGAAGAAUAAAACAAUAUCCACACAUACAGGGACUGCAGACAGGCGAGCUAUACAAAUACGGUCCAAUGGAAGAGCCAUGCAUGUUGAAGCAGGGGGUGUUUCCUAAUAAAAAUGACCCCCAGACAUGUUUUGAGUUUUUCAGUUUCUGCACAAAAGGUUUAAUUAGCGCGUUAAAUUACUAUUCCUACUCCUGAAUCUAUCGAUACGCAAAGAUGCAGAGCACAAUACUUACAUCCUCACACAGAGGGAACUAUAUUACCUGCAUAUCUCUCAU